AAUGUCAUUGAACAAAGUUUCAGUGUCUUAAAACAAUGCUUUCACAUUCUCCUCUUAUCCCUGGAAUACAAGAUUGAAAUUCAAGCUCAGAUUCCUGUGGCACUAUGCACCCUACAUAAUUUUAUAUGGCUUCAUGACCCAUCCAAGGAUCCUUUACCAUUGAUGAGUAUUGUUGAAGACAAUCCAAGCCAUCAAGGAAAUCCUGUAGCAGCUGAGAGUGGACCAUAUGUCCAAGCUGCUAAUGCAUGCUAUGAUUGCAUUGCAGCACACAUGUGGGAGGAUUAUGAGGCUUACUUAUGUGAGAUGUCAAAGAGCUAG